AUGACCUACCAGCGCACGAAGACGACCCCCUGCGGCGCGCACGAGCACCACCUGGACAAGGCCGAGAUCGGGAAGAUCCUCGCCACGGACACCGCGGUCCUGGGCGUCUGCCUCGGCAUCGUGGGCCUCAUGAGCCAUCCCCCCGCCGAGCCGCACGGCGACGGGAAGCCCCUCGCCGCCGCCCGCGCGUCCCCGGCAGCUCAAGGCGACUGCACUCAUCCCGCCCUUGGGCUCAGGUUGUCGCACCUGGGUCUCACCACCGAGGCCGCGCGGGACCUGAAGCGCCAGGCCGCAGGCAGCGCGCCCGAGACGCGGCGGGGCAGCGAGGACGGGAGCAGCGCGACGGAGGCGACGACGCCGGCGUGGUGCACGAGCGCGUGGCCGAGGAGCUACAAGCCGGCCCUCAGCGACCCGGCCUUUGAGUGGCCGUGGACCGCGUAG